AAGCAGAAGGUACAUAAUGCGAAGGGUUUGGAUGAAUGCCGCUGCUGGCGCUGCAUCUGCUUCCCUGAAACGAGUUGGAUCUGCGAGGAGAGAUGAAUCAUCUUUCAAAUGCCUUCUCAUUGCUUGAACUGGAUCUUGAAGAUGCUAUGGGAGAGAGUGUUGUCCCUGCUUCUAGUGAUAACAAUUUUGAAACCAGAGCAGAACAUUCAAAUGAUGAUGAAUUUAUGCCGAUAUGUGAAAAUAAAGCUGGACAAACUACAGAGCGUCCUCCAGCAGUUUUCAAGAUGCCACUUUUGUGGAUUGAUCUGGAAAUGACAGGUUUGAACGUUGAAGUUGAUAGAGUUUUGGAGAUUGCUUGUGUAAUUACAGAUGGAAAUUUAAAAAAGUCAAUUGAGGGUCCUGAUUUGGUUAUUCAUCAGACAAAGGAGUGUCUUGAUAAAAUGGGACAAUGGUGCCAAGAUCAUCAUUUGGCAAGUGGUCUGACAGAAAAGGUCCUUCACAGCACAAUAACUGAACAAGAAGCCGAAAGGGAGGUUAUAGAAUUUGUGACAAAACAUAUAGGUCCUUAUACGCCACUUAUCGCAGGAAACUCAGUCUAUGUGGAUCUUAUAUUUUUACGGAAAUACAUGCCGGAUUUGGCUGCCCUUUUCUCCCAUGUGAUAGUUGACGUUAGCAGCAUCAAGGCCUUGUGCCUUCGUUGGUACCCAAGAGAUAACAGAAAGGCCCCUCGGAAAAAUAACAAACACCGGGCUAUGGACGAUAUCAAGGAGAGCAUAGCAGAGCUUAAAUUCUACAAGGAUCAUAUAUUCAAGCCCUCCAAGUCAAAGAUAUAGUAUCUGACCCCAUCAUUUUGCGAAUUCGAAAAUUUCAGGUCAGAUUUGGCUUAAUUUGAUCGAGUAUCUUUAUCUUAUUUAUCGAUUUUCUUAAGGUUUGGAUCGAGUGAUUUACUUUGAAAUUGUAUUGUUAAAACGUUAUUAGGAAUAUGUUAAAUCACAUAGGCAUUGAACAAUAUAUAAAAUUAGUAAAAUUAUUGAA